CUUGCACACACCACAUGCUCUCACUCUUUUUUAUCUCUCUCUCUCCUCACUCUUUCUCUCUCUAUCUCUGCUUCUUCUCUCUAAUGCUCAUUGUUUUGUCAAGCAAGAAAUGGAAGUUUUACUCUAUUGACGACGAGAUCCUUCCCUAAUUCUCUAAUCAGCAGAUGUGGAUGACCUUGUGAUAGAAAAACUCUUACGCACCCAAAAUAAAAAAUACAGAAAAUAAUAUUUCUGCUUCCUCUGUUGUCACGUUACGAAGAGAUCCACAAGUGUGUGUGUUUAAGAUCUUGGUGGUCAGUGUCUAAAUGGAGUGUAAUGCGCAGUGUGAUUGGGAAAAUUUAAUAUCUUUUGGUACAUCAUCAGCUGAAAUUCCAAGAAAGCUACGACCAAUGGAUUGGGAAACCGAUGAGUUUGAUUGUAGCUUUACUACAGCUGCGUAUGGUGGUAAUUCAGGUCUAGCUCAUGCUUUCUCUAAAAGCUCAAAGUCAACUUCCAUUAGCUCCUCAUCACCUGAAGCGAGAACACUCAACUUCACAUCAGAAGAGUUGGGGAGCAGUGAAGAGUUUGCUAAAGGAAUCAAUACAUCUCCAAGUCUUGAACUAUCCUUUGGAUCUAGUGAUCCAGUUCUUGGUUUAAAGCUUGGUAAGAGAACAUACUUUGAAGACUUUUGGGAAGUGGAGAACGCUGCCAGAGGCUCGGCACUUCCUGUGAGUCUUGUGUCAUCUUCUGCUUCUCCCGUGAAGAAAACGAAAUCUGUUCCUCAGAAGGUACAAACUCCUCGUUGCCAAGUUGAAGGAUGUAACCUCGAUCUCUCGUCAGCUAAAGACUAUCAUCGGAAACACAGGAUCUGUGAAAACCAUUCAAAGUUCCCUAAAGUCGUUGUGAGUGGCGUAGAGCGUCGGUUCUGCCAACAAUGUAGCAGGUUCCAUUGUCUCUCUGAGUUUGAUGAGAAGAAGCGUAGCUGUCGCAGGCGUCUCUCAGAUCACAAUGCAAGACGUCGCAAGCCAAAUCCUGGAGGGACAUAUGAAGGGAAACAACAAAUGGAUUUUGUAUGGAACAGAUUUGCUCUUAUCCAUCCAAGGACUGAGGAAAAAUUUCUAUGGCCAAAUCCAAAACCUAUACCAUCUAGAGGGUUAAUACAGCAAUCUGCAAAGAUUAGAGCUGAGUUGUUCAGUAAAGAAAAGGUCACAAUCUCUUCAAGCAUGGGUGCUUCCCAAGAUCUUGAUGGUGCUCUCUCUCUUCUGUCAAAUUCAACAGCAUGGGUUCCCUCUGACCAGCCAACACGGUUUUCCCUUGAUCACCACCCCACAACCAACCUCCAACCCACGGCUCACCGGUCCGUGACUCACCUCAGUACGGUGUCCGACUACUGGCAGCCGGACCCACCAGCGGUUGAGGGCCCAACCGAUGUACAUAGAAACGGAGUAGGCCAGUUUAAUGAGAACUACUUCAGCUUGAACCAGUUUUAUAACUGAAUAUGUAUUGCCUUGAAAUCCUAAUAAGAUGUGUAAGGAUCAUGCAUGCAUAGUGUUAACGUUAAUAUAGGAGCUGUGAAACUUGCUGAGACACCAAAUCCUCUCUUCUUUAUUUUCUCCAUUGAUUUUUUUGAGAGAGAGCUCUGACAAUUAGUCUUAUAAAUCAUCUUGUCGUGUUAUUAUACAUUAGAA